CGGUGGAUUUAUUUUGUUUGAUUCUAUUCAUAUAAUGCUGUUGGAAAAACUAAUAACAAACUUGGGCAUUAUGGAUAAGUAAAACAAUCUAACAAUAUAUCUAAUCUAGAAACUAGCAUUUCAUAAUGCUUUUAUAUAGAAAUCCUCACUGCUGAGGUUCAAUAUAACCCCUGCUCAGCGAUCUCAGUACAUGCCCGUCGUUUAUAUCAGAACUUAUAUAUGCCUAUAAUUCCCACGGUCCUUGUGCAUCAGCUAUGUGCAGAAUGUGUGCUUGUUUUCCUAUUAAUUUCCCUCAAUCCUGGCCUUAUUGCUUAAACAAUUGAAGGAAAAAGGUCACUAAUAUUUCCUGCGGUAGGAGAAAGAUCCGUUCAGUUUGAAGGUUCCCACACUGUGGUUACUUCCAGAGCUUUGGUGUUUGUCGUCCCCUGUAAACCGUUCCUUUUCUCUCUCUAAACACUCUCUCUCUCUCUCUCUUUCUCCGUGUCUCUCUUUCGCACUCUGCCUUUCUCGUAAAUGAUUGUAGGUGCCGAGAGCCAGUGUGGUUCCUUCCAUGUGGCUUGAGGGACUAUGCUGCCGCUGGUAGCUCUGUGCCUGGUCUGCACUUAUAAAAGCGUCUCCGCCGCAGACGGCGGGCAGGACAGCAGCCGCGCGCCGCAGCCGGACUACAGCAGCCUGGCAUUGCCUCAGCAGCAUAUUCCUCUCUAUCUACAUAACAACAAACGACUGGAAAAACUCUGCAAGGAGGACCCGCUUUGCCCUUUUAAAGACGCUCUGCAGCUCAAGAAGGCCUGCUGGGGUUAUGAAAAGAGCUGCUCCCCUGAGCACAGGUUCAGCUAUCCCGUGUGCACCAGUCUCGACUCGGGAUGGGCGAACUCUAUUCAGGCAGCCCAGGAACUGUUCUGGAAGCAGGCAGAUUUUGGUUACGUGAGGGAGCGUCUCAGUGAGAUGAAGACUUUGUGCAAGCCCUCGAGUCCCGGCGAUUCAUCUUUGAAGUGCACCAGUCAUAUGCGGUUCUGCAGGGCCGUAAACAUGUACUUGGAUCUCAGGAGUCCCCGCAGAGGUCACGAGAGGUAUAAAGAGGAUUUCCUGGAACAGGGAGAGAUCGGCGGUCACUGCAGCCUUAAUAGUAAAACACUAGCUGCAGAAGGGACACACAAGAGUCCUCUGCAGUCUUGGUUUGCUGAGCUGCAGACAUACUCAGAGCUCGACUUCCACCCUCUGGAUGACGGCCAUUGUGACGUUAUAAUAGACAAACCAACCGUCUUCAUGAAGCUGGAUGCAGGAGUAAACAUGUACCAUCAUUUCUGUGACUUCGUCAACCUCUACAUCUCUCAGCACCUCAACAAUUCCUUCAGCCGUGACAUAAACAUUGUCAUGUGGGACACGAGUCUGUAUGGAUAUGGAGACCUUUUCAGCGAAACGUGGCAGGCUUUUACCGAUUAUGACAUCGUUCACCUCAAAAAAUUUGACUCCAAAAGGGUGUGUUUCAGAGACGCGUUUUUCUCGCUCCUUCCAAGAAUGCGAUACGGCCUUUUCUACAACACUCCUCUUAUCUCUGACUGCCACAGCGAGGGGCUGUUCAAGGCGUUUUCCCAGCAUGUACUUUAUCGACUUGGUGUCUCACAAGAUGGACCGAAGGAGGGCCAAGUCCGUGUCACACUGUUGGCAAGAAGCACAGAGUACCGUAGGAUAAUAAACCAGCAGGAGCUUAUCAAUGCCCUGAAGACUGUGCCUUUAUUCGAGGUCAAGCUGGUGGAUUACAAAUACAAGGAGAUGCCGUUUCUGGAGCAGAUCCGCGUCACACACAACUCUGAUAUCUUCAUUGGGAUGCAUGGAGCCGGACUGACCCACCUCCUCUUCCUUCCCGACUGGGCUGUCAUAUUUGAAUUGUACAACUGUCAAGAUGAGAGCUGCUAUCGUGAUCUGGCCCGACUGAGGGGAGUCCAUUACAUGACUUGGCAGAAAAGGGACAAAGUGUUCCCCCAGGAUAAGGGUCAUCAUCCUACUCUUGGAGAACAUCCUAAGUUUACAAACUACACUUUUGAUGUAGACGAGUUCAUGCGGUUAGUUCUUCUAGCGGCUGAACAUGUGACCCGGCACCCGGCAUGGCGCGCAAAACAGGCCCGAGAUGAAUUGUAGCCGACGAGACGGUGCUUUCUUGCCAGGCAAUAGAUGAACACACUCCUACCAGAUCUCUGCACUGUAAAUGUUGGCUAAUAUGGCUAAUAUGCAGGGUGCGAUUUGCACACCCAUCCCCCCGUAGUCCCCGUUCAAGUCCCUGUCUGAAUCAAAUGAUUCGCGAAACGCACUUUGAAAUCCCUCUCUGAAUCAAAUGAUUUGUGAUACAUCAUCCAACUGCUGCAAAAAGCUCUGCUGAUACAUUUCCCGUCGCAUUAAAAUCAUUUCAUGACACUGACUUGAUAAAAAAACGGAUUUAUCACGCGUGUUGUUAACAGAUCACACUAGCGUUAGGUUGGGCUAUAAUUAACCUUACCCUGGAGAGAAAAAAAUUCCCCCUCUGCUUUUUUUCCACAAAUCGCACCCUGCUAAUAUGUUAAAAACAAAUUUUAAAUUCAGAAAACAACAAAACCAUCUGCGCUGCUACCGAUCCUCUAGCUGUUACGUUCUGCACAUGGAGAUGCUGAAUAACUUUUGUUGAAGGAGGGGUUGGUUCGACAAAUGGUUGAUGCAUUUCGUGUGGUUUAAUAUACCUCUCCUCAAGAAUAUGUAGGCUUUUUUUUAGACGCUGCACUUUUGAAACCGAUUUGAGUGCAAAGGUUUGAAUUUUAAAAAUCCCUCGGUAGAUCAUUACAAUGAUUCUUAAAACUUAUCCUUAAACAGCACUUUUUAAUUUUGAAAAUCAAGUGUUUGGGAACUGAACUGAUGUUGGGGUCACCCACAUAGUUUGGUAGCAUUUUUAACAAACAUCAAACCACAUUUAAGGCAUUUUUACUUUCUGUUUUAAUGCAUUAAGGCAAAGGAGAUUAAAGCAGCUUCAUAUUUAUUACAGUGUACUUGUAUUCGGUGAAAAUAGGGAUUUUGUUAAACUACACUGAGGGAUUCGCGACUCCAUUCCCGUUGCACUCAUUGAGAUAUCGGUUAAGCAUCGCUCCAUUAUAUAAAGUGUUUUUUGAUCAGUGUUAAGAUCCUCGGACCCUUCUAAAAGCGUCUGAAUGUUUAGUGCUGGUUUGAGUCGAAGACAAAGUAUUUAAUAAAAUCCUAUAAUGUUUUAAAUGGA